AGUAGGCGGUCGUUUUUAUUAAAAUUAAAUAAUGUGCACGAUAUACGACGUUAUGCGUAUUGGACUGUGAAACAAAAUUGGUUAACACUAUUCUUUCGGACGUUUAUUUAUCAUGCAUAGUGUUAUGAACUGUUAGAAAUAGGUAUUAUAUUAUAAGUAUAAAUAGAAAUAUUAUAAAAAGGUUAUACAAGAGAGACAGAAUUAGUUUAUUAUAUCGAAUAUUUAAAUAAGAAAUAUGUCAAAAAGAAACUCUUUUGCGAUGUUACCGAAGACUGAGAAGAGAAUAAAAUUGGUCCCACCUGAUGGAGGAUGGGGGUGGAUGGUUUUAUUAGGAACAGCGCUUUCGAAUAUUUUCAAUCAAUCAAUGCUGUCUUUGUUUAGUUUGUUGUACGGAGACGCGUUAGAGGCGAUGGGGCACAAUACCCAGGGAGCAGCAAUUGUUCUGAGUACUAUGUUGUUUGUCACAAAUUUCGGAGGUCCGAUAGCCGGAGCGAUCAUCAAACUAACGACGCCUAGAUUCGUUGCAGUAUCCGGUGCCUUUUUUUGUACAACAGGCAUUUUGCUCAGCGGAUUCUCUACAAAUAUUUGGCAUUUGGUCUUAACUUAUGGUGUUUUCCUUGGAUUGGGUCUAGGAUUCAUUCAAAACGCAUCAUUUGUAGCGAUUAAUAGCUACUUCAAGGUACGAAAAAGCCUUGCUGUUGGUCUUGCCAUGGCUGGGACAGGUGUAGGCCAGACACUUAUGCCUCAUGUUGUCCGAUACCUUCUAGAACAUUUCGGCUUUAAGGGUGCAUGUUUAAUGUUGGCAUCUCUAAGUUUACAUGGGAUAUGCGGAACCAUGUUAAUUCAACCAGUUGAAUGGCAUAUGAAAAAAGUUGAAGAAGAGGUAGUAAUUGAUGAAAAAAUGCAUCUCCUUGAAGAAAAUAACAAAGAUAUAAAUAAAAACAAAGAGUACAAUGGCAAUACUGAUGUUAACCAGAAAGGUCAAGUCACUGUGCUGGCUGUAGCUUCUGAAAAUGGAGUUGAUAAAAAUAUAUCACAAAGUCCAAAAGAGACGAACAAAAAUGGCGUAUCAAAAGAAAAACUUAACGGAACCCAAAAUGUCCCAAAACCGAAGAAGACUUUGAUGAGAAAAAUAUAUGAAUUAUUUGAUAUUUCUUUAUUAUCAAGCCCUCGGUUCCUAAAUAUUAUUAUUGGAACUGCUCUGACCGUCGUUUCCAUUCAGAACUUCAGUAUGCUUUAUCCAUUUUUUUUGCAAAAAGUUGCAGCAAUGGAUAAACAACAAACUGCUUACUGUAUGUCAGCAAUUGCUUUUGCUGAUAUUAUUGGAAGGCUUGUAUUACCAGCAUUACAGGACAAAUAUAAUAUCAAAGCAAGAAUGAUGUUAAUUUUGACGAGCACGUGGUUAAUCGUAGUAAGACAAAUAUUAGCAUAUCAAACGGAUUUAUACGUACUUCUGACUUUGUCUGCUUUAUAUGGUUUUGGAAGAAGCAUGAUCAUUGUUGCGAGAAACAUCGCUAUAUCUGAACAAUGUAGAAUGGACCAAGUUCCGUCAGCUGUUGGAUUGGGCAUGUUAACAAUGGGCAUAAUAGUACCCCCCGUGGGCUAUUUCCUAGGCUGGAUCAGAGAUCACACGGGCAGUUAUGCUCUUUGCAUAACAGCGCAAAAUCUACUUUUGGUAUUAUUUUUAGUGAUGUGGAUACCAGAUAUGAUACUUAUAUUCUUCAAUGAAAGAAAAGAGAAGAAAAAAUGUGUCGAACAAACAUUAUCACAGUGAUUAAGUGAUUACGAAUCAUGUACUCGUUAGUACGCACAGGUUUGUCUGUGAUAUUUUUAUAUUUACAACGGCUGUGAGAUUCCGAAAGUGUUAGAUGACAGUGCUACGAGUAACACCAGUUUAGCAUUUAUAAAGUUUUGAGACUGAACAUGGAAGUGUUAUGAUGCGAUUUUCUAAUUAUAUACCUGAUCAUCGUUAGUUCGACAGUGCAAUAUGUAAUCUCUAGUCUAAUAAAUUAAUAAGCCGCUAUUAUUAUUUUACUCAAUAAAUAACACAUUAUUAUAGCACGAUAUUUAUUUAAAUAUAUUCCGGUGUAUGAAGUGCUGUGAUAAAAAUCACAUCCUUAUAAAUUUAUUAAGCAGUAAAAUCUCAUAAAAAUAAAAGCAACGUAUUACAGUUUAUGAAAGUUUACCGAACGAUCAGUUCAGAAUUCUCAUGUUUAAUUCAGAAAUGGACGCCCAAGAGUCGCAAGGACCGAGCGUCGCCGGCAAACGUCCGCCGACUAGCAUACGGAUGUAAGCACUCCAUCGAAAUAUCAAAUGAAUUGAUGAUAAAUUUUAUAUUUACAUAAUGUUUGGACCAUAGAAACUUAAAUUAUAUGCAUCUGUUAAAUAAGCAUAUUAGAAUUAAAUAAGUAUAUUCAUUGUUUA